AUCUUUCGCUCUCCCUUCGCUCUCUGAUUUUCUCGGCAAAGGGACAAUUCUUUCCGGCAUUCAGUCGAAUAUUUGGUCUUCACCGGACUUCCGUUUAAGGCUUACCGAGUUUAUCGCCUGAAAACACAGUCGUGUGGAUCCUGAAGUGAAGAAGACGAGGGAGAGGAUGGAGUGUUGUAUUGUCUGCUCUUCCCGAUGACUUGAGUGGGGGAGAGUGUGUGUAAGAGCGGUAGAGAGAGACAUGGGGAAGGUAGGUUUUUGUUUGGCAGUGAGUUGUGCGGUGGCGUCGUGUGCGAUCGCGGCUAUACUGGUUAGCCAAAGAGUGAAGAGUAGGCGGAAGUGGAAUCGUGUGGUGGGCAUAUUGAGGGAACUGGAGGAAGGAUGUUCAACGCCGAUAGCGAGGUUGAGGCAGAUAGUUGAUGCCAUGGCUGUUGAGAUGCAUGCGGGAUUGGCUUCUGAAGGUGGGAGUAAACUCAAGAUGCUUCUCCCAUUCGUCGACAAACUCCCAGAUGGGAAUGAAGAAGGAACUUAUUAUGCACUCGAUCUUGGUGGAACCAAUUUUAGAGUCUUGAUGGUUCAGCUAGGGGGUAAAGAGUUAAAGAUAAUGGGACACGAGAUUGAACGUCAACCCAUUCCUCAACAUUUGCUGACUAGUACAAGUGAGGAUCUCUUUGAUUUUAUUGCAUCGACGAUAAAAGAGUUUGUUGAAAGCGAAGAAGACGAUUAUGGGGUUCAGCUUGACAGAAGGAGAGAUCUUGGCUUUACAUUCUCGUAUCCUGUGAAACAGCUAUCUGUUUCUUCAGGUCUACUUAUUAAGUGGACAAAAGGAUUUUCUAUUGAAGACAUGGUAGGAAAAGAUGUUUCUGAGUGUUUACAGCAAGCAUUGACCAAGAAAGGGCUAGAUAUGCGGGUGGCAGUAUUGGUGAAUGAUACUGUGGGAACAUUAGCUCUUGGGCAUUAUGAUGAUCAGGACACUGUGGCUGCAGUGAUUUUUGGCACGGGCACAAAUGCUUGCUAUGUCGAACAGACAGAUGCAAUUAUUAAGUGUCAAGGUCUUCUUACGAAUUCUGGAGGCAUGGUUGUCAACAUGGAAUGGGGAAAUUUUUGGUCAUCUCAUCUGCCAAGAACAUCAUAUGAUAUGGAUCUGGAUGCUGAUAGCCCUAAUCCAAAUGAUCAGGGUUUUGAGAAGAUGAUUUCAGGAAUGUAUCUUGGUGAUAUUGUGAGGAGGGUCAUUCUUAGGAUGACACAGGAGUCGGAUGUUUUUGGGGAUGUUGCAUCUAGGCUAUCAGUGCCCUUCAUCUUGAGGACUCCAUUGAUGGCUGCCAUGCAUGAGGGUGAAUCUCCUGACUUGACGGAAGUAUCCAGAAUAUUGAAGGAUACAUUUGAGAUAGAUGAUGUUCCUUUGAAGGUAAGGAAGCUAAUUGUGAGAGUAUGUGAUGUGGUGACACGCAGAGCUGCCCGACUGGCAGCUGCAGGCAUUGUGGGGAUCUUGAAGAAAAUAGGGAGGGAUGGAAGUGGUGGUGUCGCCAGUGGAAGAAGCAAGAGUAUAGGUGAUUCAUCAAGCAAAAUGAGAUCAAUUGUGGCGAUAGAGGGCGGACUAUAUUCCAGUUAUAACAUGUUCAGGCAGUAUUUAAAUGAAGCUGUGGCUGAAAUCUUGGGGGAGGAAAUGGCCCAACAUGUUAUUUUAAAAGUAACAGAAGAUGGGUCUGGAAUUGGAGCAGCUCUGCUUGCUGCUUCCUAUUCAUCCCCCAAUGUGGCUAAUGAUAAUGUAACGUUGCUAUAAAUAUAUGUUAAAAUAUAUUUUUCCCUGUAAAAUGUAGAAUUCAUUUUCCAUAUUCCAUUUAAAUAUAUAUAAAAAAGCUUUGGUGUUGUGAAUA